AUGCAUUCUUCAAAAGAUUUAUGGGACAAUAUUGAUUCUAGGUAUGCAAGAAGCUCUUCUACACAUUCAAUUCAACUUCGUCUCAAACUUCAAUUCACAAAACUAGGGUCAGGUACUGUUUCUACCUUCCUAAGUGAAAUCAAGAAAAUAACAGAUGAAUUGUUUGCUGCUGGUUCACAAAUUCAUGAUGAUGAAUUGGUAGUUACUAUACUCAAUGGGUUAGGCCAAGAUUAUAGUUCUUUUUGUACAUCUAUCCGUAUUCGCAAUCCACCAAUCUCAUCAAAGGAACUUCAUAAUCUUCUUCUUACUGAAGAAAUAGUUGUUACAAAUAAGCAAAAGAACUUACUUACUGAGGCAAAUUCAAAGGCGUUUGCUGCUACAAGACCUUUUGUUCAAAAUUAUAGAGGUAGUGGUAGAGGUUAUCAUUACUCUUCAAGACCUGCAGUUCCUUACUCUGGAUACAUCAGACCACCCCCAUCUUUUUAUCCAAGAGUUUAUUCUCAAUUUCAUAUGCAUUCUGCUUCUUCAUUAACACCAUCACCUCAUUUCAAUCCAAGACCUCACUAUAGUUCAGCUCCUUCUUCUUCUGCUCCACCACCAAUAACUGACAAGAUUUGUCAGAUCUGCAACAAAACUGGUCAUCUUGCUUUGGAAUGA